AUGGUGGGAAGCCAGGGAAUCCAGGUGAGGCGGCGGGCUCACCAGGUGCGACGGCGCGCCUCCUCCACCUGCGUCUUGUGCAGUUCUCUCUUCGAGUUGUGGAUGAAUCAUUUUAAAGAGUUUUCAGGUCACAACCGCCAGUCGUGUUUCCUCUUGAACGCAUGUCUGCGGUGCCAGUCGGAGAACAAGGCGACGGAGUGCGUGGUGGUGUGGGGGGAAUGCAACCACUCCUUCCACUUCUGCUGCAUGAGCCUGUGGGUGAAGCAGAACAACCGCUGCCCCCUCUGCCAACAGGACUGGGCGGUGCAGCGCGUUGGCAAGUAG